AUGCGUCUGCCACCGAACGAUCCAGCAACUCUCCACCAUUCCGCACACGCACACGCCCACGAUGGCGUCCACGACCGCAAGGCCAUCCACUUCGGCGCGGGCAACAUAGGCAGGGGCUUCAUCGGGCCUCUGCUCGUCGACUCGGGCUACCACGUCAUCUUCGCUGACGUCGACAAGGACGUCAUCCGCGCGCUCAACGAACAAGACUCGUACGCGGUCCACAUCCUCGACUCCGACGAGGAGCACCUCAACGCCGUCCACGACGUCUCCGGCCUGCUCGCCACCUCCGCCCCCGACAUUGCCCGCGCCUUCGUGGACCCCUACCUCGACCUCGCGACCACCGCCGUGGGCGUCUCCGUGCUCCCGAGGAUCGCCAGCGUGCUCGCCGACGGGAUGCGCGCGCGCCGCGCCGCGGACGCCGGCGACAUGAACGUCAUCGCGUGCGAGAACGCGGCGCUCGAGGACGACCCGGAGACGGCGGCGUGGGUGCGCGCGCACGUCGGCUUCGCGAACUGCUCCGUCGACCGCAUCGUGCCCCCGUACCACCCGAACGCGAGCGCGGGCGACAGCCCGCUCGACGUCGGCGUCGAGGGCUUCUACGAGUGGGUCGUGGACGGGCACGCGCUGCACGCGACGCGGCCCGCGGUGCACCUCAAGGGCGUCCGGCUCACGGACAAGCUCGACGCGUACGUCGAGCGCAAGCUCUUCACGCUCAACUGCGGGCACGCGCUCGCCGCGUACCUCGGCGCGCUCAAGCGCCUCGCGACGAUCGACGCCGCCGUCGCGGACGCGGACGUGCGCGGGACGCUGCGGGGCGCGCUCGAGCGCGAGGCGGGCGCCGCGCUCGUCCGCAAGCACGGGUUCGACCCGCGCGAGCACCGCACGUACGUCGAGCGCGUCGUCGCCCGCUUCGCGAACGCGCGCGUGCGGGACGACGUCGGGCGCGUCGGGCGCGAGCCGCUCCGGAAGCUCGCGCGCGGGGACCGCCUCUUGGGCCCGUACGCGAUGGCGCGCGGGUACGGGCUCCCGACGGAGAACCUCGCGACGGGGAUCGCGGCCGCGUUCCUGUACGACGUGCCGGAGGACGCGCAGAGCAAGGAGCUGCAGCGGCGCCUGAAGGACGGUGGGGCUUCGAAGGUCGUUGCGGAGGUGACGGAGUACGAGGUAGGGUCGGACGAGCACCGGGAGAUCGUGGGUGCGUACGAGGAGCUGCAGCGCAAGUAUCGCCAGUGA